CAUUUUUUAUUAUGAUACCGUAGAAAAGAAUAAAACAAGUCAUAGUCGCCAUGCAAAGGUGAUGUUUUUAAAUGCUUAUGUUCACGGAAGACUAAAACCGCAGGUAAAUGGAUUCCAGUGACGUUGUACUGAACUUGACGAUAAAAGUGAACUAAACGGACAGCUACCUUUCUCAAAUUACUGAGCACAGCUUAAGAUCUUUAGGUUUUGCUCGAGUCUGCCUUUAUGUUGCGUAGAGACAUCUUUGAAAAGCUGUUACUUGGUUUCAUUUUAAUAUGUUCCAUCUGGCUGCAGUACUCCACGAAGCAUGUAACCUUGAUCAUCCAUCCAUCCAUUUUCCAAACCGCUUAUCCUACUGGGUCGCGGGGGGUCCGGAGCCUAUCCCGGAAGCAAUGGGCACGAGGCAGGGAACAACCCAGGAUGGGGGGCCAGCCCAUCGCAGGGCACACUCACACACCAUUCACUCACGCAUGCACUUCUACGGGCAAUUUAGCAACUCCAAUUAGCCUCAGCAUGUUUUUGGACUGUGGGGGGAAACCGGAGUACCCGGAGGAAACCCCACGACGACAUGGGGAGAACAUGCAAACUCUACACACAUGUGACCCAGGUGGAGACUCGAAUCCGGGUCCCAGAGGUGUGAGGCAACAGUGCUAACCACUGCACCACCAUGCCGCCCCACACAGUGCUAACCACUGCCCCUUAACCUUGAUCACCAGUACGGAUUGUAUUUUUCUGCAGUUGGAGUCACUUUUAUUUUGAAGCCUGUAACCGGAAGUCAUGUCGCUCAAUUUAUUCUCGAUUCUCGAACGACGGCGAGCAGCACUAAUAUGACUGGCCGGUCUGGGGGAGCGAAGCUGCUUGCAUUUCUAAGAAUUGUAUUUCUAAGCUUCAUACUGGUCUUGGUUGUCGUGCUGCUUGCUGCUACGAUCCGGACGUUUUCACUGGAUGUUAAUUCCGGGCUUCAGCUCGGAAAAUGGGAGCGAACAGCCAACAUCCCAGCGCAUAUAAGCGCAGCACAGAGAAAGCAGCUCCUUGCCAAUCUGAAAGAGGCUAUCAAGAUACCCACCGUGUCAUUUGCGGAGAACGACCUGAACGCGACCGCGCUGCAGGAGUUCGGGCGCUUCCUGGAAAGAGUGUUUCCUGCAGUGUUCUCUUCUCCUCUGGUGAAGCAUGAGGUGGUGUCCAACUACAGCCACCUCUUCUGGAUGCCAGGCUCGGACUCCUCCCUGCAGUCUUACAUGCUGCUCGCCCACAUCGACGUGGUGCCUGCAAUGGAGAGCGACGGGUGGGAUGCUCCCCCUUUCUCCGGAGCGGAGAUAGACGGGUUCAUAUAUGGCCGGGGAACCAUCGACGACAAGCAUUCUGCUGUGGGAAUUCUGCAGGCACUGGAGUACUUGGUUGAGCGUGGCUAUGUACCCAGACGUGGCUUCUACGUUGGACUGGGUCAUGAUGAAGAGGUGGGGGGCCACAACGGGGCCAAGAACAUUGUGAAGUUGCUGGAGUCGCGAGGGGUGAGCUUGGCUUUUGUCAUGGAUGAGGGUCUGGCUGUUCUGGAUGGAGUCAUCAGUGGCCUGCAGGGACCAGUCGCUCUAAUAGGAGUCACAGAGAAGGGGCAGGCCACGGUGAAGCUCAGCGUCUCUGCCCUCCCCGGCCACUCCUCCAUGCCUCCCAGUGAAACCAGCAUCGGCAUCCUUGCUGGUGCAGUUACUAGACUUGAGAAGAAUCCCCUGCCUAUACUGUUUGGCUACGGUCCCGAACGCAGCACGUUUGAGCAUCUUGCGUACAAGUUUGCCCUCCCGCUGAAGUUUAUCAUGUCCAACUUGUGGCUGUUUUCCCCCCUGCUUGGAAGGAUAAUGCAAAGGAGUCCGGAAACGAAUGCUUUUGUCCGUACGACCACUGCCGUCUCCAUGUUCCACGGAGGGGUUAAGGUUAACAUCAUACCUCCAUAUGCAGAGGCAUUUGUGAAUUUCCGCAUCCACCCUGCACAGACGGUGCAGGAGGUACUAGAGCUAAUCAGAGGGGUGGUGGAUGAUGAACGGGUGAAUAUUGAGCUGAUGGAGGGAUUUGACCCGCUGCCUGUAAGCUCCUACGAUGAGGAGUCUUUUGGGUACCAGCUGAUCAAGAAGACGGUGCUGGACAUGUUCCCACAAGUGGCAGUAGCCCCUGGGUUGUGCAUCGGAAACACAGACAGUCGCCAUUAUACUACGCUGACCAAAAACAUAUACCGCUUUGCCCCUGUCUGGUUUAAACCAGGGGAUACAAAGAGGUUUCAUGGCGUGAAUGAGAGAAUCGGCACGAAGAAUUACGAAGACUCUGUGUUUUUCUACUUCGAGUUCAUCCAGAACUGCGACAUCAGGGAGCUGCCGGCGCCACAUGGCAGCCAGCAUGAGCUGUGAAGCAGGCGGAGGGCUGACGCUCCAUCGCUGUCUCACCGAGACGUAACGCUGCUGUGGAUGAGGGUGACCGCGCUGCGGCUGACUGUGAAGGGGACCCUAAGCUCAUACGCCACCCACUCACUUUGGCCUGAUUCUGCUAAUACCUGCUGACGUGAUACAUUUUAACUGAAAUUCUCAAAUAUUUUAAACCUAAAUGUAGUUUGUGUUGCAGAUUGUUUUACUGAAAUAUCUGCAUCUUCAGUUGAUCGGGUGAUAUGUAAGCUCAGGGUUCCGCGAGUCCUUCAAGUCUUUUUAAAGUAUUAAAUUUAAGGCCUUAAUUGCUGUAAAAAUGUCUUAAAUCCAUCUGUUAAGUAUAUUAAAAAUGGCACAAGCUUGGAAAAUAA